GGAGGAGGAGGAGGUGCAAGUGCUGGAGAAACAGGAGGAGCAGCAGCAGGAGGAGGAGGAGGAGUAGGAGGAGGAGGAGGAGGAGGAGGAGGAGGAGGAGGAGGAAUAAUGACCAUUGGAGCGAGCACGCCUGGAGUAGGAGGACCAGGAGGAAUAGGACUAGGAGGAGGAGGAGGAGUAGGAGCAGGAACAGGAGGAGGAGGCAAAGGAAGAGGAGGAGGAGGAGGAGGAGGAGGAGAGGGCAAGCGAGGAGGGAUCGUGAGAAGGGCAAGUCUCGGAAACCAACCGACACAGGAAAGAUGGGUGUGUCCCAAUGACAGACACCUCGCCCUUAGAGCCAAACUGAAGAUGGGGUGGUCCACUUCGCAGCCCACCCCGGUCACCCGCCAGGAUUCACUGUCAGAAGAGGAGACUAAAAUUAUACUGGAGGUGAUCAAGCGAGCAGAGGACCUGGAAAUGAAGGAACAGCUCAGGAUUGGUCGCCUGGUGGACAAGGUGGAGACAAUGAAGCACCGGAUGCAGGGGAACGGGUGUAACAACUGCAUCCUCUGUGGCGAAGGGCUGCCUGUGUUGAGGGCGGCGAGUCACGCAUGUGGGGAUUGCUCCAAGCGAGUGUGCAGCAAGUGCGGGGUGGACACUGUAAGCACGACGGGGGAAAGAUUGUGGCUCUGCAAGAUCUGCGCGGAGACGAGAGAGAUGUGGAAGAGAUCUGGUGCCUGGUUCUUCCGCGGCCUCCCGAAGUACAUCCUGCCCACUACCUCGCACUCCGCCCCCGGCUCGACCACCACCAGCAAGAGAUCACGCGCCCCGCCUCGCCGCGCCCACACUCUUGGCAUGAAAGGAAGCGGCAGUGAGGGGGACGACCACCACCACCACCACCACCACCACCACCAUCACCACCACGAGGAGGAGAACCAGAGGAGACUAAGGAAGGUGGCCAGUGAGUGUGUGGGGGGGACCACGACUCCCAGCCCCCUACCCCCUCGCACCCCCCUACCAGCAGCCCACACCCAAGAUCCCGCAGCAUUUCGCCUUCCCCCUUCCGGUUCGACUCCCAGGACUCAGCAGGGGGCGGCAGGGACAGCUCCGACGACCACACCUCUGACAAGAGUCCGCUAUCCCCAGGCUGCCGUGACCCAGCGUGAUCUGAGCCGCGCCCCAAGCCGGGAGAGUGCGGGGGAGGUGGGGUCACUCCUCCUCUCCCCCUACUACUCCUCCUCCCCCCACCAGCUGAGCCCAAGAACUGAGCUACGCAGGGAUGUCGCCAUUGACAGAUCCCCCUCUCCCCUACUAAGGGUGGCGUGGCGGGACUCAGGCCGCGGCUCCAACUCCUCUGUCAGUGACUCGCCAAAUCUGAGCCGAGAGGACGGGGAGGGUGGUGGCACAGGGGACACGGGGAGCGGACCGGUCACUCCUAAUCCUCCUAGCGACUCUAUGCACCCUGUUGGGCCCUCCACUCCCCGCUCCCCACUGCCCAUGAACCGCAGUAGCAGCAGCAGCAGUGGCAGCAUGGGGCAGGGCGGGGGAGCAGGGGUGGCCGCUUCACCUACUGUCAAUGGCUUCUGGUCGCGUCGUGGGUCCGAAGCUUCAAAGGAGGAGAAGAGACAUCCUAAGCUUAGUAGGUCGCCAGCCACCUCGAGGGAGUCCAGAGGCUCGCGGGACUCCAAGGACUCUGUGUUGUCGCGUGAGUCUUCGAGCAAGGACGAGGUGACGACCAACAGCAGCAUGGACGAGGUGUUCUCCACGACCAGCCUGCAGGGGCGCGACCAGCAGGGCAUUCCUGAGUUGGGUACGAUAGAAUUCUCUCUUCUGUACGACUCCCACAACCAAGCUCUCCACUGCACGGUGCACAACGCAAGGAACCUACGCCCGUCGGAAAAUAGUAAGCAAGCGGAUCCAUAUGUGAAACUCCACUUGCUUCCCGGCGCCAGCAAGUCCAACAAACUUCGCUCCCACACCAUCCCUAAGACCUCCAACCCGGAUUUCAACGAGACGCUCACCUACUACGGGCUGUCAGACCAGGACAUGGCGAGGAAGACCCUGCGACUUACUGUCCUCGACGAGGACCGCUUUGGGUGUGACUUCCUGGGCGAGGCACGGGUGGCUCUCAAGCAGGUGUCCCCGCACGAGACCAAACGCAUUAAAAUCAACCUGGAAAAAAGAAUUAAUCUGGCAGACGACGAGGUGAAGGGCGAGGCGGAGAAAGGAAAGUUGCUCCUUAGUCUCAAGUACUCAACGCAGCGCAGCGCCUUGAUCGUGGGCGUGGUGAGAUGCGCCCACCUGCCCUCCAUGGACUCCAACGGCUUCUCGGACCCCUACGUCAAAGUGCAGCUGAAGCCUGACCCUACCUACAAGAAGUACCGCACGGCCGUUAAGUGGAGGAACCUCAACCCAGAGUUUAAUGAGGAGUUUUUGUUCGAGGUGCGACGCAAUGAACUGCCCAAGAAGCUGCUGGACAUUCGCGUGUAUGACAAGGACGUGGGCAGGAGUGACGAUUUUAUUGGUGGGUAG